AUGACAGAAAAAAUCGCGACACAAUUGGAACGGAUCUUCGAAAUGCUCGCAGGAGUAGAAAGCAGGAUACAGAAUCUAGAAGGUAUAUUUGAACGCUUCUCCGGUUUGGAGAAGUCGGUUAAUAAGCUCGAAACCGAGCUCAACAAGAUUGGCGAGAAGACAAGAAAAUUGGAAGGCGAAGUUAACGACCUCAGCAAGUCAAUGGAAUUUGCAAACGCCGAAAUUGAAGACCUAAAGAAGAAUGAUAAAGAAAGCGAAGUCAAAAUCAAGGAACUUGAGGGCAAAAUAUUGUAUCAAGAGGUGUACAGCAGGCGAGAAAACCUAAGAUUCUUCGGUUUUCCAGAAUCUGCUGAUGGAGCUGAGAACACGCACGAAGUUGUACGAAAAUUCCUUAGCAACGAAUUGGAGAUGGAAAACGCAGCAGAUAUUGAAUUCCAGCGAGCUCACAGAAUAGGAAGGAAGAAGACGGGCGAAACUAGACCGGUGAUUGUUCGUUUUUUGAGAUUUCCAGAACGUGAGCUGGUCUUUCCAAGAGUACGCGAGCUGGCAGAUGAUAUCGACAUAAAGGUCUACGCCGAUUUUCCUAGAGAAAUAAGCGAAAGAAGAAAAAAACAGUGGCCACGUCUCAAAAAAGCAAGAGAGGAGGGAAAGACUGCUUUCUUUAGCAAACCAGAACCCGAUAAAUUGUUUAUCGAUGGACGAUUUGUUCCCUUAUAGACAAAUCUAGGUUUUUUUUGGACUUAGUUUAUUUCAUUUGACUUUUUUUAUGCUUUUCAUCAGUCUGUUUUUGUAACGGGAGUGGCAUGUGUAGGUUAGAACAAUUGGGUGUAGUUGAAACGAUUGUCCCAGCGUCUUAUAGGUAAUAAUUACCUCGCCGCCUUUUUUCGCUCUUGCUUAAAACUUCGUUGUGUAAUGUAUUCUUUGUUUGUUUUUUUUUCUUUGUUUUCUUUGUCCUUUUGUCUUCUCCUUUAUUGUUUUUUGUUUUGUCUACCUACGUGUUGUGUGUUUUUGCACCUCAGUUGUCACCUCUUUUCAAUUUUUUGUACCACUGCGGUGAAAAUUAUUUGUAUGCGCAUAAUUUAUUUUUUCUUCCUGAUUUCAUUCAUGAAAGUACUUUUUGAUUUUAAAUUACUUUCUAUUAAUGUGCGAGGGGUUCGAGCCGCCACGAAAAGGAAAGCCCUUUUUACCUGGCUAAAUGAACGGAGGUAUGAUAUUAUCUUCCUUCAAGAGACCUAUAGCACUGUUGACGUUGAAGACAAUUGGAGAACACCGUGGAGAGGUAAGCUCUUUUUUGCUCACGGCUCUAAUCAUAGUUGUGGAGUGAUGAUUCUAGUGAGAAGUGACUUAGAUUUUAAUCCAAGAACUAUUAGUUGUGAUGACGAGGGCCGCUCUAAUUAAAGCUGAGGUCCAAGGUUCGCCAUUUUUGUUUGUAAAUAUUUAGGCUCCAAACAAGGUUCAAGACCAAUGCCGUUUUUUUGAUAAGUUAAACAAAAAUAUUGAAGACCGCGUCGUUAAUGAAGAGCUUAGAAUUAUUCUCGGGGGAGACUUUAAUGUAACACUCGACUCUGAUCUUGACUGUUCCGGUGGUAGACCUUUUAGAAAAGAUUCUGUAAAACACAUACAAGACUUAUGCCUGGAUUUUGAUUUGGUUGACAUUUGGCGCAUACGAAAUCUGGAUUCUAAACGCUUUACGUGGCGUCAAAGAAAUCCUUUCAUUCAAAGAAGACUUGAUUAUUGGCUGAUUAGCGAUGUAUGCCAAGACGACAUUGAGAAGUCCGAUGUCAUUCCUUCGAUAAAUUCAGACCAUUCGGCAAUUUUUCUCCAUUUUAACUGCAUAGACAAACCAAAACACGGCCCCUCUUCCUGGAAGUUUAAUGCUAGUCUUGUGAAUGACGACGACUUUGUUGCACUGAUAAAUGAAAGUAUGCCUUUGUGGUUAGAGGAGUUCAAAGACGUUAUAGAUAAAAGGCUGUUGUGGGAUUUAAUUAAGUACAGGAUUAGACAAAUUACAAUAAAGUAUAGAAAAGAAAAAGCACGUGAAAGGAGAAGAAAGAUCUCUGAUAUUGAGGCUUCUUCGAAGAUUUCGGAAGAGAGAUGCGGUAGUUCAUCAACUCCUGAGAACCAGGAAGAGUUUGAAUUGUUAAAAAUGGAAUAUGAUUCUAUCUAUGAACAGAUAGCAAAAGGUUCUAUAAUCCGAUCGAAAGCCACUUGGUAUGAAAAAGGAGAAAAAAGCAAUAAGUUCUUUUUAAACCUCGAAACACAUAAGAAAGCUAAGAGUUCUGUCCGUAAGGUUUUUGACGAUAAUGGAGUUCUAAUCACGGAUCCUAAAAAAAUAUUGCAAGAAAUUCAAAAUUUUUAUUCUAAUCUUUGUGAGCGUGACCCUCUUAGCCCAUCUGAACACACGUUAAACUCUUUUUUAAACAAUCCUGAAAUGCCAAAACUCUCUGAUACUGAUGUUCAAAUUUGCGAGGGAAAAUUAACGGUUGAAGAGUGUUACAAAAGUCUUCAGCUGUUUGAAAGUAACAAGUCACCAGGCAAUGACGGACUAACAGUCGAAUUUUACAGGGCUUUUUGGGGCCUCUUAGGACAGCUAUUAGUAGACAGCUUAAACUACUCUUAUGAUCAUGGUGAGCUCUCAAACUCUCAGAAAGAAGCCAUUAUUACCCUAAUAGAAAAGAAGGACAAAGACAAAAGGGACUUAUCAAACUGGAGACCGAUUUCGCUUAUUAAUGUUGAUGUUAAAAUCGGUUCAAAAGCCAUUGCCAAGUGAUUGGAGAAUGUUUUACCAAACAUCAUACAUUUCAAUCAAUCUGCAUAUGUGAAGGGUAGAACCACUUUCGACGCGGUCAGAACCAUAGAGGACGUUAUGGAAUUCUCAAAGAGAUACAGUAUUGACGGAAGAAUGGUUUGUAUAGAUUUUAAAAAAGCUUUUGACACAGUUAGUAGGGACUUCUUAUUUCGAACGUUAUCCGUUUUUGGUUUUGGACCAUCUUUUAUUCAAUGGAUCCACACUUUUUACAAGAAUGUCUCGAGUUGUGUCUUAGAUAAUGGCUUUGCAACUUCAUCCUUUGCAGUUGAAAGAGGAGUAAGACAGGGAGACCCUCUCUCUGCUUACUUAUUUAUUAUAGCAUUAGAAGUUUUAUGCGUUAACAUACGUAACAGUAAUGACAUUCGUGGUGUUGAAGUCGAUAAAGAAGAAAUCAAAUUAAGUCUUUUCGCAGAUGACCUGACUGGGUUUUUAAAGGAUGACCUCUCUCUAACAAACUUUCUUAAACUUAUAGAAGAUUAUGGAACUUGCUCUGGCCUAAAGGUUAACCACGAAAAGACAGAACUUUUGCUACUAGGUAACCUGGCCUGUACCGUACAAGAAGCCACUCUGAACAACAUAAAAAUUAAACGAUCAGCUAAAAUCUUAGGAGUACAUUUUACCUAUGACAAUCAAGCAAAACAAAAGCUAAAGAUCAAUGAAUUAAUCAGCUCCAUCCAACUUAAGCUACGAAUCUGAAGGUGGAGGGAUUUGACUGUCAUAGGGAGAAUUCAAAUUGUCAAAACCUUUAUUAUCCCUAUCUUCUUAUAUCGCACAAGCUUGAUAUCAUUGGAUAAAGAAUUUGUGAAAGAAACGAACAAAAUUAUCUUUGAUUUUAUAUGGAAAGGA